AUGGACUACCUCCGCAGAAUCAUGCCUUCUUGGCAGUACAAACGCCUAGAACCAUCAUCCCCGAGUUCCGACCCGGAGAGCCUAGAAAAGUCCCCCGGGUCAUCGCGGUGCUGGGGCAUGUUUGCCAAGAAACUACUUCGGCUGCCUGUCCGAACCAUGACAAUUCUCAUUGCGGUCAUCCUUCUCGUUCCCGGAUUAUUAUGUUUCACUUCACUAAAGGGACGCUCGUUCUUUUUAAAUGGCGAUGUAGUUGCUGGUAGCACCAAACCAGUUAUGAACCAUCUCGUCGCCAAGGACCGUCGUCUAGCAAUCGUUCUUCCCGCCAAUAACCCUGCCCACGAUCUCUGCAAAGUCGUCACCAGCGCUAUCGCUCUGGGCUAUCCUAGUCCUGUAAUUGUCAACUGGGGCAAGAAAUUUGAUCCGUCGAAAGGAUGGAAGGGCGGUUCUCACCUUGCGAAAAUCACCGGAACCCUGGAGUAUCUUGACCUCGCUACCAAGUCUGACACACCCAAGGAGAACAGACUCGAGGAGAAUGAUAUCGUUGUCUUGACUGAUUCUUAUGACUGUUGGUUUCAGCUUCCUCCUGAUGUUCUGCUCAAGAGAUAUCACGAAGCGAAUACACAAGCGAAUCGUCGUCUUGCAGCUGAAUGGAAAGGCCGUGGUGAUCUUCCUUUCGAACAAACAAUCAUCGUCUCCGCACAAAAGAAAUGCUUCCCUCCUUCAUCCUCAGGAUCGGUUCUUCACUGUGAUGAACUUCCUGAGAGUCCCGUCCGCAAAGAUCUAUACGGCCCCAAGACAGACCGCGACCCAAACAAGUUCCAUGAAGUUCGACCCAAGUUUCUCAACAGCGGUAGCAUGAUUGGUCCAGUGGGUGAUAUGCGUCGAUACUUCCGUCGUGUACAGGAGCGUAUGCAGCGCGGUCUCAUCAAUGGCAAGGAUCUUUACAGCGACCAGGGAGUUUUCGGAGAAAUCUUUGCCGAGCAGGAGAUUUGGAGACGAUCGCUUCGCGCACAUACCGGCGUUACUCAAGACAGGGACUUCAAGGACCUUCACAAGGAAUUCGAGUACCACGUCGGCUUGGACUAUACUCAGCAACUUUUCAUCCCCACGGUAUUCGAAGAACAGGACGGAGAAAUUAUCACCCUCAACGAUAAAACAGCCAUCGCUGAAAAGUCCAAGUCUCUCAAAAUAUCGCCUCGUCUCCAAGGAGUUCCAGACGAUAUCUCCAAGUCCAAAAACCCCCUCUCCGAUAUUUCAGCCCGCGAUUUGGAUAUUGUGGAAGACUGGGGCGAAAUGCCUCUCUACGCAGAUUUUUACUCGAAAGCAAUCCCCGUAGUGGUCCAUCACAACGCUCACAAAGACGGCGCCAAGAAACGACGAUACCUCUGGUGGGAUAAGAUCUGGUACUUUCCCUACCUGCGCGAACUACUCGAGAACCAACUCAAAGAAGUUAAAGCUUCGUCCCUACUUGAAAUUAUCGUCAAGGGUGAACGGUUGAUAUACUGGGAGUCGAGGACCAAAAAGCCCAUGAAGAAGCCGCAGACGUUUGCAGUUGAUAGCAAUGGGACGGCGACCUGGGAGAGACAUGAGUUUACGGAUGUUUGUAAGAGUAAAUAUGAUGAGGAUGAGGCGAAGGAGAGGUGGUACGAUGAGGUUUUUAGAGAUGGGAAAGGGGAAUUGUGA